CACAAACCCAGCAGCCUCAGCACCAAGCUGAGUUUCUGGAAAAAGCAUUCGGAUUCUGUGAACUUUCUUCUAAGCAUCCUCCCUCUGAUUCUCCCUUUGGGUAAAAGGAGGGAACCGGCCCAGGGACCACAGGACUGGUAUCUACGGAGGAUGCUGCCCUGGGAUCCAGAAGCCAUGGAAGAGGAGAGGCCGGGGGAGGGGACGAGCCGGGGAGGCAAUCUGUUCUCCUGAAGCAGAAGCGGGGAUUCCAGCGUGAGGGAGGGAGCCCCAUGUCGGCUGCAGAUUGAUGGCUGUGUCCUUGGAACAUAAGGGAAUUCUGCCUCCGCCUGCUGCUGAGCACAAAGCCAGCUGAGAUGCGCUGGCUUGGGCAGUCACCAAAGCUCCUAGCUGACCCCCAUCCUGCACCACCAGGACACAUGACUUUCCAACCUCAGCGGCCCAAACAGUGGGAGUCACUUGGGGUCCUCCCCUCCCUGGGGAUUUCAAUAGACACUGAGGCUAAGGACUCAGGCUUUCAGGAGGCCCAUGGAGAUCCACUUCACCCCGGGAUCCCUGCGUAAAACGCCCACCCCAGGACCCCCUCGGACACGAGCCUACUUGGCCACCAGGAGAAUGGCCUUGGAGACCUUGAACACUGGAGACCCAGAUGCAGCUCUGGCCUCCUAAUCAGUCGCAGACUUGGGACCGCGCUUAGGGUUUUUUCAGAUGUGCCGGGACCUUUAAACAGCACCGUUCAUGUCCUUCCCUCCCCACUCCUACCUUUCAGACACAGUACAGAGAGGAAGCGUCAGCAGUCAUGGGGGACAGGGACACAAAAGAUCUACAGGGAUUCCAAGACCUGCAGGCAGCUGGUUCAGCCCCAUCCUCAUCUCCCUUUCUCAAGUUUUGAUCAUCUUUGCAGACCCUGAGGGACCUCAACUCGUUAUUUGCCACCUAGGCUCCAAAGGGGACUUCCUAUGGCUCUCACCUAGGGAGCCUUGUGCCACUUAGAGGCUCCAGGGAAAGGCUUGAGCCAUGACACCACCUGCUCAGAAGCCCCACCCUCCAGGGCUCUGUCCCCUGAUGUAGCUGCCUUCCUGUGCCACUGACUCUUCAUUCCAUGGACACAGCCCCUGCCCCAAUGCGCUCCCUUCAGCACUGCUGUUGCCAGCUGCCUAAGAUGGGUGACACGUGGUCCCAGCUGCCCUGGCCAGGGCCCCCCCACCCAGCCAUGCUGCUGGUCUCCCUCCUCUUGACAGCCGGGGUGAUGCACUCAGACGCCGGCACCAGCUGCCCCGUCCUUUGCACGUGCCAUAACCAGGUGGUGGACUGCAGCAGCCAACGGCUAUUCUCCGUGCCCCCAGACCUGCCAAUGGACACUCGCAACCUCAGCCUGGCGCACAAUCGCAUCGCCGCGGUGCCGCCCGGCUACCUUACGUGCUACAUGGAGCUCCGUGUGCUGGAUUUGCGCAACAACUCCUUGAUGGAGCUGCCCCCCGGCCUGUUCCUCCAUGCCAAGCGCUUGGCACACCUGGAUCUGAGCUACAACAACCUCAGCCACGUGCCAGCCACCAUGUUCCAAGACGCCCAUGGCCUGGUGCACAUCGACCUGAGCCACAACCCGUGGCUGCGCAGGGUGCACCCACAGGCCUUCCAGGGGCUGGUGCAGCUCCGAGACCUGGACCUCAGCUAUGGGGGCCUGGCCUUCCUCAGCCUGGAGGCCCUCGAGGGCUUGCCGGGGCUGGUGACGCUGCAGAUCGGCGGUAACCCCUGGGUGUGCGGCUGCACGAUGGAACCCCUGCUGAAGUGGCUACGGAACCGGAUCCAGCGCUGUACGGCUGAUUCUCAGCUGGCUGAGUGUCGGGGCCCCCCUGAGGUUGAGGGCGCCCCCCUCUUCUCCCUCACUGAGGAGAGCUUCAAAGCCUGCCACUUGACCCUGACCCUGGAUGAUUACCUCUUCAUCGCGUUUGUGGGUUUUGUGGUCUCCAUCGCAUCCGUGGCCACCAACUUCCUCCUGGGCAUCACAGCCAACUGCUGCCACCGUUGGAGCAAGGCCAGCGAAGAGGAAGAGAUUUGACGUGGGUGCCUGACAUCCCUCCAUGCUACCAACCGCCACUACCACUGACCACCAGACACCCUCCCUGGCUGCCCACUCUGGUCCCAUGGUGCCCUGGCCACCUGUCAUGGCUCAAGCAAGGUCAGGAAAGUACUUUUGAUGAGCUUCUUCAGCGAGCCAGGCGCUGUGCUAGAAACUGGCAAUGUUAGAUGAAUCCACCUAAUCCCUGCCCUCAAAGCACUUCCUUUUAACAGAAGAGAGAGAUUUGGAGACUCAUCCCUUUUAGAUGAUUUGUCUGCACUCUGAGCACAGAGCUACGGAAGCCCAGAGGAGGGGUCAUUAACUGUGCCUCGAAAACUCCAAGAGAAUUACAAGAGUGGAAGUGAUUCGUGAGCUGAGUCAUCAAAAACUGUCCACUUUGUCAAGUAGAUGGAGAAAGAUGGACAUACACAAAUGACAGAGGCUAGAAUAUCCUUGGAAUGUUGAGAACCUUGAACAAUCCCUGUGACUUCAGUGUACACAGGGGAGUGGCACAGGACCGGAACUUUCCCUCUGACACCCAAUCUGUCAGCACUUGGGGCUGCCCACCAUUGCCUCUGGAGGGUGAGAUGACCUCCAUGCCAGCCCCCGUGGCCUCCUUCUACCAGCAGCUACCAGGUGAGACCACCUCCCAGGGACUGCCCCCUAUACUACAUUGCCAGUUGUAGCCUGCUGGCAAAGUCCCAGGUAGCAAGCUAAGGACUGACACCUUCAGAGCCCUUUCUCCACCCCUGUCUCCUGCCUCCCACUCUAGCUUUGGCUUCAGCAGAAGGCCCAGCCAGAAUCCUGGCACUCUGGGACUCCUAAUCUCGUGACUGUUCUUGCCGCAGUGCUCACCCCAAGGGAUCUCACCAGGAAAGUGCACUGUGCGCUACAGCCCUGUAGCAUGAUGGGAUAGGACUGAAGGGGAGAUGGUCAUCACUGUGGUGACAUAAGAUGAUUUGCUCUUGCUUCUAAGCAACUCACUCAUUUGCAUAAGGGUGAGAGAGCCAUUAACUACCAAUGCCUUGCCGGCACCAGGCACUGUGAUAAGCUCUCUCCACAGACAAUUCCCUUUGACACACAACAAUCUUUUGAGGUAAGUCUUGUCGUUCCAGUUUUACAGAUGGGCGAUGAAGGCUCAGGGAGGUGAAGGUCAUGUGAUACUUAUGAGCAAAAUUAGUCUGUGCUUUUUUUGACUACCCCACCUAAGUUGGGGGACAUCACAGCUCCCUCCAAAGGCAUAUAAAUCCAGUCAAGUAGUGCUGGUGACGCUCCUGAGAAGAGCCAGGCACUCUUCCAUCUAUGGACUCAUUUAUUUCACUUCUCACAGCAACACUGCCUGGUGGUUAUUAUUCCCAUUUUACAGAUGAAUUAAUUGUAGAGGGCUGAGACUCUUACCCAAGGUUAUCUGGAUAAAGUGUAGAAGGAAGGCAAUAGGUGGCUCCAUUCAGGGAAAUUGUGUAUAAUCAGUCAGUCAAAAGUCAAGCAACUUCAUGUGCACAAUUACCAUCAUCGUCGUCGUCAUCUUCACCGUCAGUGUCAUCGGCUUCAUCAUUUCCCUGUGUUUGGUCAGCACUGGACGGCUCAUGAACUGCUUUGGCAUCAUUCUCCUUGACUCUUCACAACCCUGCAUGGGAGGCAAACCAAACAUCAUUACUUCUAUUUUACAAAUGGAAAAAUAAAGACUCGAGAGUGGAUGUGCCUUGCCCAAGCAGCAGGGGUGGGACUCAACUCCAACUCAGUUUUCUUCCCAGUGCUGUCCCAGAUGCUUGGGAAAGAGAAUGCCUGGGACAGCUGGGGAGUGGGAUCUUCAGACUCCGCAGCCAUGAAUAUCCCAGUAGAUCAGCUAAAUAAAGGGUGUAAAACCUAACUGCUGUCCAGAUUUAGAUGUACUUACAGUGGGGAAACUUGCAGCCUCUGAAACAUAGAAGCAGCCCACCCAGGUAACAUCUGAAUAGGAGUCAUCUGUCUUGCAAUGUGUAAACAACGCAUUAGAAAUGGUGGCCAUCUGAAAAAUAAGAUUUGGGAAAAUAGGAGAGGAAGCUGUGUUAACCCCUCCUACUCAAGCCCUGCUGUGUUGGGUGCCUGAAAAACACAGGGUGUCUGAAAGCUGUGGGUGAGAAAUUCUACACGAUAGGGGAAGACUUUAAGGCACAGUCCAAUACAUUGGCAAGGCUGGCUGAGAUGGGAAUGAAAACAUGGGUUCUCUACCUUGCCC